GUUUUAUUUUGAAAACCUCUCGGCGGAAGUUGAAUGUAUGUUCCAAAUGCAGGAGCUUUCGAUUCGAUCCUCCACACCGAGAUGGACUGGAAUGAGGGCGGUAAUGGUCACGGUCACAUGCAUGACGGCUGUCAACACAGCCACUCGGGCCCUUCUCACAGUCACGGGCCCAGAGCAGCAGCCUUUGGUGGGAUGACCAACAUGUACUCGCCUGCUUACGGACAGAUGGGAAAAGGUGCAGAUCCGGUCAUGGAUAUCAGUCAGCAGCCGAAGAAACGAUCGCAGAUGGAUGACAGCAGCAGCUGGGACAUUGUGAAGGCAACACAAUUUGGGAUCCUUGAGCGCUGUAAGGAGCUGGUGGAAGCAGGAUAUGACGUCAGGCAGCCAGACAAAGAGAACGUCACUCUGCUGCACUGGGCGGCAAUCAACAACCGUUCAGAGCUGGUCAAGUACUAUAUGUCCAAAGGGGCUAUUGUUGACCAGCUGGGAGGAGACCUCAACUCUACUCCACUCCACUGGGCCAUUAGACAGGGCCACCUCCCCAUGGUGAUCCAGUUGAUGAGAUAUGGAGCAGACCCCUCCAUCACAGACGGAGAGGGUUACCGCUCACUCCACCUCGCCAUCCUCUUCCAGCACAUGGCCAUAGCAGCUUAUCUUAUGGCUAAGGGAGAGGAAGUGGAUGUGCCUGACUGCAACGGUCAGACACCCCUCAUGUUAGCAGCCCAGAAGAUUAUUGGACCUGAGCCCACAAACUUUCUUAUCAAAAACAACGCCUCGGUUAGCGCUGUGGACAAAGUUAACAGGAACACGCCGUUGCAUUGCGCAGUGCUUGCAGGGAACGUUGAUGCCGCCCACAUCCUGUUGGAGGCGGGAGCAAGCGUGGACGCUGAAAACAUCAAGGGUGACACACCCAUCGACCUGGCCCACCAGGUGCACAGCCCGCUGCUCAUCCACAUGCUCAAUGUCAUCAAACAGGAGAGAAUUCGCUCUAAUUCCCGUUGCCUACGCGUUGCUGUCCGAUACAAGGUUUUGAUGCAGUUCUUAUUUAGUACUGGCAUAUUUGGAUGUGUUGGUGCAAUACUGGAUAUGAACUCGGAGUCCUGGUUGCUUAAAAGUAUCCUGUUGGCCUGUGUGAUGGGAGUGAGCAACCUAGCCUCAAGGAAUUUCACAAACCCAGACUUUCAGGCUUCUCUGAUGCCUUCGGCGUUGAUGGCUUCAGUGUUCUGGAUGCUCAUCACCUGGUGUUUCUGGUUCCUCCCAGAUCUACCUAGCGCAACAGUUCAGGUGCUGUUCACUCUGAACGCCACCGCUCUUCUCUAUUACUUCCUCCGGACCUGCAGGACGGACCCCGGCGUCAUCAAAGCCACAGAAGAGCAGAGGAAAAUGAACGUGGUGGUGCUAGCUGAGGCUGGCUGUUUGGACCCCAGAAUAUUUUGCACUUCUUGUAUGAUAAGAAAACCAGUGAGAGCAGUUCACUGCUUCAGCUGUGAUGCAUGCGUGGCGAAGCAGGACCACCACUCUGCAUGGACCAACACCUGUAUAGGUGCGAGGAAUCAUCACUAUUUCGUCCUUUUGCUCCUUUCCCUCUCGCUGAUGGGGAGCUGGAUGCUCUACGGUUGUUUUACAUACUGGACCAGCCACUGUUCGUUGCACUAUGAGGAUCAGGGCCUGUGGGGCGUCCUGUCUGCAGCGGUCAGCUGCUCUCCCUGGGUGUUGACCAUCUUUGUGCUGUCCUUCUACCAUACCUGCUGGUCCACUUUGUUCCUGAUUGGGCAGCUUUACCAGAUUACAUUCCUGGGAUUAACCACUGCAGAGAGAACUAAUCUGUUGCUCCAGCGAAGAAGAAUGAGACAAUCUGUGUCCCUGAGACAGAACCCGUUCAACAUGGGCGUGGUCCAGAACCUGGUGUCGUUCUUCCAGCUGCGCUGCUGCGGCCUCUUUAAGCCAGCCAUCGUCGACUGGACGGCCCAGUUCCAGCCCCAACGCGACCAGUACCUGUUUGAACAAACAAACAUGGUCUGACUUCACCUCCUCCUCACACGUCCGCGUCGGAUUCUGCUUCUGGACCAAAAGCACAGAAUGUAUUUAUUUUACCUGCCUUGAGCUCCUUGUAAAGAGAGACUUAAUGACUGUAGAGGUUGGAAAAAUAAGGUGUAGAUAUCGUUUGACUUGGCUGAUCUUUGUACAGUCUGCUGCUGCCUUACACUCGACCAAUGUGAGUAAAAAAGGGAAAUCCUGAAGGUCUAAAUAGUUCUGGACAUUUUGUGCUGAUUUUAUGGACACAUUAACCUAUUUUUUAUCAUCCAGUAAGAGGAAAACAAGAAUCUUUGUAUGUCUAAACAGUUUGGUUUUAUGACUUUUGUAAAAGCUGCAUGUGUUUCAUAACAAAUAACCACCAUUAUAUACUUCAAUAAAGCAAUCUUGUGCCUGUCUUUUUAACUGUUUAAAACUCACUUUUACUUGGGUCCUAAUAAUAAAAAAAUAUAUAUUG